UUGCCCUGUGUUUCGAUCUCAGUCGCGUUGAACAUUUCAUCCCGAGUGGACGGGACAUACACAUAAACCAAGUUACUUCGAGUCUCGACCGACAUUGCUAUAGAAACCAGAGAAAAAGAUGGCCACCUACGAUGGGGAGCGAAAACAGUGGAAUGGAAGAGAGCGACCCAGCAUCCUGAACCCGGAGGCCAACAUUGGUCAAAUUGUGUGGAAUCUUUUGGGUCGAACUCCGGACAAUGUGAUCCAAAUCGAUGCCGACAAUGACCUCUACAUGACUUGUGCCGAAAUGAGACUCCGUAUAGUACGUAUUGGGAAGAACCUACGGAACAUGGGAUGCACCCGAGGUGAUAUGGUCUCGCUGGUUUGUACCAACAGCGAGAAUGUGGUCCCGGUAUACAUCGCUUGCUUGACCAUCGGAAUGGUGGUUAAUCCGUUGGCGCCGGUGUUCAACCGUAACGAUCUAGUGCACAUGAUGCGCCAAACGCAGUCCCGGGUCAUCUUUUGUGACGAAGACAAUCGAGCAACGGUGGAGCUCGCUGCGUUGGAAGCGAUCGUCCAGAAGCCGUUGAUCUUUGUGAUGGGCGAAUCGGCAGGCCAAGCCAUAUCGGUUGACAAGCUCUUGAAGCAUGUGAAGAAGGAAGAAAGCUCCUGUCCCAGGUACAUGGGAGAUUCGAAGAAACUGCUGGCUGUUGUUUUGUGUUCGUCCGGGACAACCGGACUGCCCAAGGGGGUUUGCCUGUCGCAUGCCCAUCUGAUCGAGAACGAUGUGUUUUCAGAUGAUGUGGACGCCGGACCGAUAUUCAACUUCAGCGCACUGUUCUGGGCCACGGGGAUGUUUGCCAUGCUGACUUCGCUGUACAACCAGCGUCCUCGCGUGAUCACCCGGAAGCCAUUCGACGCGGAUACCCUGAUCGAUGUGAUCGAGAAGUACCAUGUGGAAGAUGUGUUCACUCCUCCUUCGUACGUAGCCUCACUGGUAAACCACCCACGUUUCGCCGAUGCCGACUUCAGUAGCGUCAAGCGGUGGACCAUGGGCGGUGCCAUCGUAUCCGAGGAUCUGCGAAAGAAGCUGGCUGACCGACUGCCCCGUGGGGUAGCCAAAUCGUUGUAUGGAACUUCGGAAAUUGGGAUUGUUACGGCGGCUGAUCACCCGUCUGAGCACGGUUCGGUGGGGACGUUGGUUUCCAACUUGGCAGUCAAGAUAGUGGACGACGCUGGCCGGAGAUUGGGCCCCACGGAAAGGGGUGAAAUCCGCUUGAAGUACAAGCAUAAGAUUCUGGGAUACCUCGACAAUGAGGAAGCAACGCUGGAUGCAUUUGAUGAUGAAGAUUUCUUCAAAUCCGGUGACAUUGGCUAUUUCGACCAUAACGGUAUGCUGUUCGUGGUCGAUCGGAUCAAGGACAUCAUCAAGUAUAAGAAUUAUCAGAUUUCCCCAUCGGAUCUGGAAGCCGUCAUCGAAAAGAUCGAAGGAGUGCAGUCGGUGUGUGUGACGGGAGUACCGGUAGAAGAUCGAUCGUCGGAUCUGGCAACGGCCGUUAUCGUGAAGAAGGAAGGAUCAACGCUGACGGAAGAGGAGGUCAUCCAGCAGGUCAACCGUCAAGUGAGCGAUUUCAAGCAGCUGCGAGGUGGAGUUUACUUUGUGGAGAGAUUGCCAACAUCGGCCGCUGGGAAGGUUCUCAGACGUGCCGUGAAGGAGUUGGUGAUCAGUAGAUUAAGCGUACAGAAGAAGUAAGGCUUUUAGGCGAAACGAUUAAUACUCAGUUUUUAAAUUUAUGUUCAAAAUUGUAAAGUAAAAUAAAGAAACCGUGCAUGUACAAAACACA